AUGUCAAAAACAACACACAUAGCUGUUAUUCCAAGUCCUGGUUUCAGCCACUUAGUCCCAAUAGUAGAAUUCACCAAAAGAUUACUCACAAACCACCCUAAUUUUCACAUCACUUGCAUCAUUCCCUCACUUGGCUCACUACCAGAUUCAUCAAAAUCAUACCUUGAAACAAUUCCACCUAACAUAAACUCAAUCUUUCUUCCACCAAUCAACAAACAAGACUUACCUCAAGGAGCAUACCCUGCAAUUCUAAUUCAACAAACUGUAACACUCUCUCUACCGUCAAUUCACCAAGCCUUAAAAUCUUUAACUUCAAAAGCACCUUUAGCUGCUAUAGUUGCUGAUCCCUUUGCUUUUGAAGCACUGGAUUUUGCAAAAGAGUUUAACUCUUUGUCUUUUGUUUACUUCCCUUGUUCGGCUUUUGUACUUUCACUUGUUUUACACUUUCCUAAACUUCAUGAACAAGUUUCAUGUGAAUACAAAGAUUUACAAGAACCUAUAGAGUUACAAGGGUGUGUACCAAUCAAUGGUAUUGAUCUUCCAACACCAACACAAAAAAGAUCAAGCGAACCUUAUAAAAUGUUUCUUCAACGUGCAAAAGCUUUGAAUUUUGUUGAUGGAAUCCUUUUUAAUAGCUUCUUUGAAUUGGAAUCAAGUGUUAUAAAAGCAUUGGAGCAAAAGGGUCAUGGAAAAAUCAGUUUUUUUCCCGUGGGACCCAUUACACAAAUAGGGUCAUCUAAUAGUAAUGGUGAAUGUUUGAAAUGGUUGAAAAACCAACCACAAGAUUCUGUAUUGUAUGUUUCAUUCGGAAGUGGUGGAACACUCUCUCAGAAGCAAAUCAAUGAGCUAGCUUUUGGUUUGGAGUUGAGUGGUCAAAGAUUCAUUUGGGUUGUGAGAGCACCAAGUGAUUCAGUUAAUGCUGCUUAUCUUGAAGCUACAAAUGAAGAUCCUUUGAAAUUUCUACCACAAGGAUUUUUGGAAAGAACCAAAGAAAAAGGUUUGGUUUUGCCAUCAUGGGCACCUCAAGUUGAAAUACUUAAGCAAAAUUCAGUUGGUGGAUUUUUAAGUCAUUGUGGUUGGAAUUCGGUUUUGGAGAGUAUACAAGAGGGGGUGCCAAUAGUAGCUUGGCCUUUGUUUGCAGAACAAGCAAUGAAUGCUGUUAUGUUGAGUGAUGGUCUUAAAGUGGCACAAAGGUUGAAAUUUGAAGAUGAAGAGAUUGUGGAAAAGGAGGAAAUUGCAAAGGUGAUUAAGUGUGUGAUGGAAGGUGAAGAAGGAAAGGGAAUGCGGAAAAGAAUGAUGGAUUUAAGAGAUUCUGCUGCUAAUGCACUGAAAUAUGACGGUUCUUCGAGACAGGCUCUAUCUCAGUUGGCUAGGAAAUUGGGAAGUUUUGGUGGGAAUUAG